UGGCCUAUACUUUCCCCCCUUCUCUCUUAUCUUUCCAAUUCUCAAACAUCACAAAUCUCAUUCAUUCACCAACUUCACCAGCAAUAUCACUUUCCAAGAUUGCAAUCAUUUUGAGCCCACUUUUCAUAAUUUCCAUUCAUUAUUCUUCCCCACCUAAACUACUCUGUUUCCUCUGUUUUUUCACAUACAUUAUACUCAUGUAGCUGCAUCAAGAACCUUAAAGACCUAAAAUCUUCACAAGUUGAAAUCUUUCCUGCAAAUCCUCAUCUGGGUUCUCAGAUUCAUCAUUGUUUCAGAUACCCUGUUUCGAAAAUCACUUCUUUUUUCGACAACAUGGAAAAUGAGUAUUUUUUUAAUAAUGGAAUUUCAUCACCACAAAACCAGUUCCAAACUUCACCAACACAAUUGCAGAUGACCAACACCUCUCAAAUUCCAAAUUUUCGAAAGACGACAGAACAAUAUUCUCAAUUCGAGGCAAAUUUGAGCUCAUUAGUAUCUUCCCCUGUAACCAACAACGCAUAUAACACUCCUUUGAAUCAUUUUGUGAAAGAAGAUUUUUCUGUUUCAAGAAGUUCAAUGUACAUGAGCCCUGUUUUGCCAGCAUUGCCAACUGAUCCUGGUUUCGCGGAGAGAGCUGCCAAGUUUUCUUGCUUUGGAAGCAAGAGUUUUAAUGGUAGAACAAGUCAAACUGGACUAAACAAUGCUGAAUUUCAGUACAGAUCUAGUGGAAUUGUUUUGGGAAAUUCAAAACUACCUAGAGUUUCUAGUAGCCCAUCUUUACAAGCCCUUGGAUCUCACAUGGGUAUCCAAGAAAACAAGAAUGCAAGUCAACUUCAGAUGGACAUGAGGCCUAGUGUCAAUGCUUCAGAUUUAGAUACAAAAAUCAGCAAUUUAUCAUGCUCUGGUGCCAAUUCGAAUGAAGAGUCCUCUGUUUCUGCACAAAACACUAGCGUCGAAAAUGUGUUCAGUACUCCGAUGGGAUUAAAUUCAAGAAAAAGAAAGGGAUUUUCGAAAGAAAAAGGCAAGGAAGCUCUUUCAACACAGGGUAAAAAUGCUGCAAAGGAAGCAGGAGGCGACGAGGUUUCAAAUGUGAAUAGAUCAAAGAUGAAAAAGUGCAAUGCCAACAAGAACGACGAUGUUAAACUGAAGGAAGAAAAAGGAGAUUCUUCAGAUGAAGACGAUAAACAAAUUUAUAACGGAAAGAAGCCUCUUGAGCCAUUCAAGGACUACAUUCAUGUCAGGGCAAGAAGGGGUCAAGCCACUGAUAGCCAUAGUUUAGCUGAAAGAGUUCGAAGAGAAAAGAUUAGUAAAAGAAUGAAGACACUUGAAGAUCUCGUCCCAGGUUGUAAUAAGGUGACUGGAAAAGCACUAAUGCUUGACGAAAUCAUAAAUUAUGUACAGUCGUUGCAGCGUCAGGUCGAGUUUCUAUCAAUGAAAUUAGCUACAGUUAAUCCCAGACUAGACAUUAACAUGGGAAGUCUUCUUUCGAAGAAUACUAUCCAACCAAGUGAUACUAUCCCGCAUCAAAGCUACCAGUUCAAUUCUCCGUCCUCUGCGUACUAUAGCCACCACCAGAGCCACCAAAUUCCUCAAGUACAUAAAACACCGGAGCCAAUAGAUCCCGCGUUUAGCAGAAACCCUGGUAUGCAAAUUGAUGGACAUGGAGAAGGUCUUUCUCAGUUUCUUUCAUUUUCUGAAGAUGAUCUGCAGAGCAUUGUUCAAAUGGGCUUUGCCACAAACCAAACACCUCACAUGAAACUUGAGCUCUGAUCAGUGAUCACCAUUCAAUGGUUCUGCAUUCAGAUUCCCUAGAAGGCUUCUGUAUAUACAUAUACAUCAAGAGAUGACCUGCUGAACCCCCCUUAGGACUAAUCUAGAAUAUAUUUUUUUCUAAUUAAUUGAUUCGACUUUUACCAACUAAGCAUUCGGGAAUCAUUUCGGGUACCCGAAAAUUCACCUUGUUUUAUUUCCUGUCAUUUCUCUACUUUGUCAUCUGGUUUGGUGCAGAAAAGUCUAACAGCACCAACUCUAAGAUAUUUAUUUUCUUACACUAAAUCUAUGAAGUUAAACAUGUUACACCAGGUUGAAAAAGUACCAUAA